CUCAACUCAAUCUCUUAUUCUUCUCUCAUUCUUUAAAAAGCAAGUAGCAAAUAGCAAAUAGCAAGCAUUUAAGCCAUCAAGUAUUCAAAUAUUCAACUCAAAUCCAAGUAUAUCAAGAAUAUUUGAAUGGCUAUCUCAACCGAUUGGAUAAUUUUACUUAUUUUUUCUUUAGUAACAUUUCCACAAUAUGUAAACCCCUAUUCUAUCCCCACACCUAAUCCUCAGGGUGGCACUCUUAUUCCAAAAACUAUUAUCCAAAGUGCCAUCGAGAAGGGCGCUGUUUGUUUGGAUGGGAGUCCACCUGCCUAUCAUUUCUCUCCAGGAAAAGGUGAAGACGCUAGCAAUUGGCUUAUUUACCUUCAAGGAGGUGGGUGGUGUAUGAGUAAUGAUGCAUAUUCUACUCCCGACUUUUCUGUUCAGAGUUGUCCGAACCGUGCAGCCGGUGACUUGGGUUCUAGUCUCAACAUAACAACUUUCGAAUUUAAAGGAUUUUAUGGUACAAAUGAAAAGAACACUUAUUUUUAUAAGUGGAAUCGAGUUGUUAUCCGGUAUUGUGAUGGAGGGUCAUUCGCCGGAGAUGUUGAAAAUCCUGAUCCGGUCACUAAACUUUACUAUAGAGGAGCAAGGAUUUUCCAAGUGGUUGUGGAUGAGUUAAUGGCAAAGGGAAUGAAAGCUGCCAAAAAUGUCAUUUUUGCCGGCGGUUCAGCAGGUGGAUUAGGCGUGUUGGUACAUUGUGAUAACUUUACCAGUCGAUUUCCAAAAGGCGUUAGAGUAAAAUGCCUUUCAGAUAGUUCUCUCUUUCUUGUUGUGAAAGAUCCCAACCAUGCAAAAUUCUUUAAAGCUAUUUUUACCGAUGUGGUUGCUUUGCAUCAACCAAACAAGGCAUUGCCUAUAGAGUGCACUUCAAAAAUGAGUCCAUUUGAGUGCUUCCAACCAAAAAAUUUGGUGCAAUAUGUGAAAUCCCCCCUAUUUAUUGUCCAUUCAGCAUUCGAUUCAUUUCAGGUGCGAAAUACUUUCUCGAUGGACUUGUACAAUGCCAUUAAGAAUCACUCGUCUGUUUGCCCAAGUGAUAUGGCCCUGCUACAAGAUUUCAGACAACAAAUAAUAAGUGCAUUGCCACACUCAAGUGCCACCAAAGGAUUUAUAGUUACUUCUCGCUUUGGUCAUGGCUUUGCUUUAAACUACUAUAAGACGAAAAUGCUUGCAGAUCAGAAUUCAACGACCAUCGUGAGCGCAUUCUACGAUUGGUACUUUGACCAACGUCCUGUCAAUCUCAUAGACCCAAGCAACGUGCCAUAUUAUACAAAUGAUUAAUGUUUAUGAAUAUUAAGAAAGGGCAUUCUACGAUUGGUACUUUGACCAAGAUCCUGUCAAUCUCAUAGAGCCAAGCAAUGUGCCAAAUUAAAUAUGUUAGAUUGAAUGAAAUAUUUGUGAUCUCUUCAUUGUACUUUGAUAAAUAUAAUAUAAUGAUCUUUUUAUUCAAUAUAUA